ACUCCCUCAGUCACUCUCAGCUGAGCUUGGCGGUACUACACGCUCUCUCACCUCCUCCAUCCCCCACAACUUUUACUUCCCUUUUAUAAAGUGGUUAUCGCGGGGUUCAACCUGAACAUUGUUGUCCCAUGGAGCUUUGAGAGUCAAUGAGCGUCAGCGAAGGUGGACUGCCGAAGACAGCCCAGCUUAUUCUCAAGAGCUACGAGAGUACUGUCACAAAAAAGUAUAUUGUGUCACAGACAAGUCGAUAUAUUUACACAAUAAUGGGUCAUCUUGUCGAACAAUCAGAGGCUGCUGCCAUCGAAACGCAAGUUAACAAAGCAACCACAACGGUGAAGUCAGGUGCUCUACAAGCACAGCACAUACAGCUUGGACAGACACAACAAGGGCAUUUGCACCUGUCGCAGUCUCAGCAGCAGCAGCAGCAGCAGCAGCAGCAGCAGCAGCAGCAGCAACAGCAACAGCAACAGCAGCAGCAGCAACAGCAACAGCAGCAACAGCAACAGCAGCAUAGGCAAGGUGGCAGGGUCUUGGAACAAGGCAAGCAGGGGCCGAACCUCACUCAUCAAAGGCAGCCCCAUCAUAUUCCGCACCAGACAAAGCAGUGUGACCUCCAACAGAGAGUAGAGGAGGGUGAAGAGAAGAGUGAAGAGGAAGGAAAUGAGGAGGAGGAGAAUGGGUGGUGGGCAGAGAGGGUAGUGGGUCAGCUGGGGGGCCUGGGUGACUACGGUGACACUUGGUAUAGAAGCCAUGCUCACCUCCUCCUCGGUGAUGGACCACUCCCACACACCUGGCGACUGUAUGUUGCUGCUCUGGCUGUGUGUCGUCAUGAAGUUGGAUGGCUGAUGAAGGCUCUACUAACUGACUUCCGUAAUGCUGGAGGAGAUAUUCGAUGGAUUGCUGGCCUACAUCAUGCUCCAUCGAAACUUUAUGCACUUGUCCAUAUCAACAAUCUGUUAGCACAUCAACCUUGGCUUCUUAUGCCACAACAUAUUCAGGAACUGACAAAAGGUGAAGAGAGCUGGUCACUAGGAGAGCUGUGUCAGGCUCUGUGCAUCAUGACACAUUUCCAUGCACUGGCCACAUUCCUUCAUGGGUGUGGGCUUGCCACCCUCCCCAGAUCCUCCAAGAAAGAUGAAGGGCAGGAAGUUGACAUAGAGCCAACAAGCAAUGGUAAGCCAGUCACAGAACCUUUACAAAAUAGAGAGGGAUGCCCAGAAACCCCUUGCAACAUCAAUGCCAAUGCAAACAGAAAAUUGAAUAGCAGAUCAGAGGCUAAUAAAUCAAACACUGUUGGUGAUAAUAGACAUGGAAUACGGAUAUAUGCCCACCUUACGGUAGACCCAACUUUAACCUACGAAGACUUCAAUGGUAAUGAUGAGUCCCGCAUUCCGUCUUUUUCUGUUCAUGAGUACAAUUGGCAGGAUCAUGGUUAUGCAAUGUGCUCACGGCUUUUGGGAGAGGUUGGAGCCUUUCUAGAUGAACGUUUCACAUCAGCCCUAUCACCAAAAUAUUCUCUUCCUACAAAGCAAUUUGCUAUGGCAGGCAAUGAUCAGAAGACCAACCCAGUAGCAGGCCAAGCUCAGUGUGAUACAACACAUGCCAAGUCUACACCUCUGCCAACUAAAGCAUUAUGGAAUUAUGUCCAGGUAACUUUCUUACUAAAUAAUAUUCAAAGAUAAAUUGUAUACAUUUCA